CAGGGCCUGAGGAGCAGGCAUGGGAAAGUUCGCCCUCCUUCUUCUCUCUCUUUUUUCCGAUUACAUCGAUUCCGUUUUAAAAAGAAGACCGAUACUGGCCGAGCAGUGUGGACCACCGCAGCGCGUAAAGAGCCUGGUGAAGCAGUGAGGAGAAGAACAAGGCUUCACGAGAGAGAAAGAAGCAGAGGAUGUCCAGAGCUGACUGGUCUUUCCUGGAGAACCUGCUAGAGGACGGCCAAGAGUACUCGACAGGCAUCGGCCGUAUCUGGCUCACCGUGCUGUUCCUAUUUCGGAUGCUGGUACUGGGAGCUGCUGCUGAAUCUGCUUGGGAUGAUGAGCAGGCCGACUUCAUCUGCAACACGCGGCAACCUGGCUGCACUCCCGUGUGCUACGACAAAGCCUUCCCUAUUUCCCACUUUCGCUACUUUGUCCUCCAAGUCAUCUUCGUGUCCACGCCGACCGUCUUCUACUUCGGAUAUGUGGCUAUAAGGGCCGGGAAGGACAAGAAAAAAGAGGAAGAGGGUGGUGGAAGUAAGAGAGGAGAAGGGAGCAAUAAGAAUGUGAUUAAAGACAGUGUCGAGGAGAAGGAGAAGGAGAAACAAGAGGAUGGAAGGAAAGGCAGAAAAGCUGAAAAGGCUACUCCUAAGGCCCCAAAACUUAAAGGCAGAAUGCUGUGUGCGUACACAUUCAGCAUCCUCACAAAAGUCCUCCUGGAGGCUGGCUUCAUCGUGGGGCUGUGGAUCCUCUACAACGGCUUCAUCAUAGAGGCAAAGUUUGUGUGCAUAGCGUACCCCUGUCCUCACACCGUGGACUGCUUCGUCUCUAGGCCCACGGAGAAGACAAUCUUCACCAUCUACACUCAGGUGAUCGCUACCCUCUCCCUGCUCCUUAACCUCUUUGAGCUCCUCCACCUCCUUCAGCUCACCAUCUCCCACCAGCUGGAGAAGCGCUACUGUGCCCAGCGGCAAGACUACCUACCUCAGCCUGAGCAAGUACAAGCCGGACAAAAGACUCCAGAACUUCAGGCGGAGAUGUCGCAGUCUUACACAGCAGGGGGUCACAUCAGCCUCCCCAUGCAGGGUGAGGCUUCAUGCUUCUCCAAACCCUGUGAGAGCUACAGGGAGCUGCCGAUAGAGGCGAGCUGGGGUCCCGGGGAAGCUGGGAGUGACGUGCUUCCUAGUUAUGUAAACUGCAUGGGCGCAAUAAGGACGUCACAUUCGCCAAGACCCCAUUAUAAAAAUGAAGCUCAUCACAAAGUGAAAAACACUAGGGGUGCCCAUAAGGUCCAUUCAAAGCUGAAGCAUUAUGUUUGAUGCAGUCAGAUGUUGUUUAUGACUAUGAAAGCUUUGUUUGGUUUCUUACUCUUGUUUUUCUUAUUAGUGCUAUCCUGCACAUGACCCUUGGGUGUCAGGAGUGUGGGCCGAGAGCUCAAAUAAGAGAGACAUGAAGAAGAACAACUAUUGCACUGUGAACCGCGAUGCCUCAGAGGCAGGUAGACAUUCAGCCAGAGAUUCACCAGAUAAACGAGGCUAUUCAAAACAUCUUGAGAAUACUCCCCAAGGCGAAAACAAUGAACACUCAGCUAUGAGAAGUUUGCAGUCAUAAGAUGCCUUCAAAUUACAUUUAAUGGCUUUCGGUGCUUGAUGCGACAGUGGAAAAAAACACUGCAGUGGGGGGUCAGAGGGAAACCGUGUGAGUGUGUAUGGGAGGGAAUGCAGCAGAGGCAGAUUUAAGCAUAUUCCUCUGAGAUUUGCACUGUAACCCAUGGAGCUGUGUGAAGCCCCCCUCUUUUCUCCCCACGGCUCUGUCCACACUGUGGAAUGUUCUGGUCUCUGGGUCGUCACUCCAGCUCCCAAGAGGAUAAUGGCUGCAUGGACGCAGGCACGCAUGCAUACCACAUACACAUACAAUGUACUUUCCCCCUUUCACCCAGAGUUUUUUUGGACACUUGAGUUGGGGAUGUGAAGUGGGAAGUCAUGGGAAUUCUGGCGUAGUGCAUGAGUUAUCAUUUCUAGUUUCAGUGGUAUUUUAUUUAUGGAGAAAGAAGGAGCGAGAGGACCACGGCAUACAUCAUCACAGCAGCUGAAUAAUGGAGGGAAGGCGAGCUUCCAGUUUGAAAAGCAAACCUUUUAGCGAGCUUGAUAGAAUGAAGUUGUGACUGCACAGUGAAUGGACUGAGAGAGGUAACGUGCGUCAGAAACAUGCAAAUUCAACAACAGGAAAUGACUAAUUAUGUGAAAACUGUAUUUAAUGUUUAAGCUGUUGUGAAAAAGUGUUAAUAUUUAUUAUUUUAAAAAAUAAAGUGUAAA